AUUCUUCUUGGACUCCGCGUCGCUAUAAAAACCCUGACGAUGGCUCCUUCGCUCCGAUGGGAACGGGAAAGAAGUCCUCCAGCGCGGGAAUUUCUUCUUUUUUUCCCGCCAUUAUCUCUCCCUGAGACCUAGCUGCUGCUCGAUGGAAACCCUAAUUCCCUCCCCCUUUUUCAUUCCUUAGAUCCGUUGUUGAUCAGAAUCAGGUGUCGCCCUAGCCCUUGCCUUUGCCCUCGUCUGAUGGAUAGAUCGGUGGAGGAGGAGGAGGUGGUGGAGAUCGGGAGCACGCCAUCGCCUGCGGGGGAGAAGAGGCGGCGGAGAUGCGUCCAGUCGAAGCUCCCUUGGGCUGUUCCUCGAGUGGAGGGGGCCAAUGGGAUAGGGGCGGCGGCGGAGGAGGGUGAGAGAGAGGAAUCGGAUGACAGCGAGGCGGAGGAGAAGGGGAAGCGGAAGAAGAAAGGGAAAUCCAAGCCAAGAACUCCUAAAAAGUCUCCGGUCACCAGCAAACAAGUGCAGGGAUUAAGUACUGGAAGCAAAAGUUUCCCAGACUCAGUCGAGAGGAGUCCACGGCAGAAGAAAACUGCAGAGCAACUCAAAGCUGUAGAUUUGAAAGUGGGGAACAGCAAGCGCUUCAAAGUGCUAGAAUCCAUGGCCAGUAGCAAAAAUUGUCAGCGGUUGAAGAACAACCUGAGUGAUGAGGCUAAACCUAGAAAUGCUGCAAUAUCUAUUGACUCUGGGCAAAAGGAGUCAUAUUCUGUGAAGAGAAAAGUCAAUGGCAAAUCUGAUUCUACAAUGGAUCGAGAUGGCCUAAGUCUGCAUACAGACCAACCAGUCUGUGAUCUCCAGUUGGAGGCAAAAGUAACUGCAGAGGAAAAUGUGCGGUUAUCUACAGGAAAGCGAAUGCAUCCAUUUUUCACUUGUUGGAAAGCAGGCAAGCGAGGGACAGAGGCUCAAGCCAUUACACAAGUGGAGAGUAGACAUUGGUCUGCUCUUGAUGGGGAUUAUUGUGUUUCCUGUCCUCCCGUUCAUGUACUUGAUAAACAGGAUGAUGUAAUUUCAUUAGAUUGGAAAAACUGGGUAUUUUCGGAGAGGACUCUGCUUGACAUGAGUGGUUGUUCUGCCAUGGGAAACGAUCUAUCAGUUUUUGAAGGCUCAGUUGAGCCAUUCAAAUUAGAUACCCUUUGUCAUAAAGAGAUGCAUCUGGAUGAACUACUAGAUGCAGAAAAGGGUUCUAUAACCUCAGCAGUAGCCUCGCCUAUAUUGUCUGCUGGGCAAAGUCAAAGCGAGCAGUUGUUCUCACACUUGAAGUUGGUCUGUGUUAAUGGCAAUAGUUCUUUGUCUUUUAGACGUGCUAGUUGCAUAACUAAUUUGGAGAGCAAGCAUGAGGAAUUGUUACUCAAGGAAAGGUUGGCAUCAUACUUUCAACGUUACAGUUGUUGGCCUGAGUGUAGCCUGUGGAUGAACAAGUACCAGCCAGAAAAUGCCUCAGAAGUGUGUGGAAACAGUGAAUCUAUUAGAUCCCUGAGUGAAUGGCUGAAGUCAUGGCAUGAAAGAGGUCGGCAAAGCAGUCAAAACUGUAAAUCUGGUGAAAAAUGUGCCAUUGAAGAUAGUGAGGAUAGCUAUGAAAAUGAUUCUGACACGGGUGACAGAGAAGAAGCAGCCAUCCUUAAAAAUGUGCUUUUAAUUACUGGACCUGUUGGGAGUGGUAAAUCUGCUGCCAUCUAUGCCUGUGCAAAGGAGCAAGGCUUUGAAGUGAUUGAGGUGAAUGCAUCUGAUUUAAGAAAUGGAGCACAUGUAAAGCAAAAAUUUGGAGAGGCAAUGGAAUCACAUGGAUUUAACAGAUGGUCAUUUGAGGAACUGAUAGAUCCAAGGAAAGAGCAUAACCCUGAAUUAUUGUCAAACACAGUAGACAAUAGAGAAGCUGAUGACCUAGAGAAUUUCUCAAUUAAGAUGGCUUCAAGAGAAUGUGAAAUAGAAAAAACUCAUAUAGAAUGCUCCUAUAAUGUUAUAGAGAAUAGAAGUGCCCUGAUGCAAGUUGCAAAUAAAACCCUAAUUCUCUUUGAGGAUGUAGAUACUGUUUUUGAUGAAGAUCGUGGUUUUAUUUCUACGAUACUUCAGCUGGCUGGAACUGCAAAGCGGCCCAUAAUCCUUACAAGCAAUAAUAAGAAUCCUAUCUUACCACAUCUUCUGGACCGAGUCAUUUUGGAGUUCAAACAUCCAUCAUCUGAGGAGCUGCUUUCACUUGUACACAUGAUUUGUGCUUCUGAGAAUGCUCAAAUUUCUGCCCAAUUGCUGGAGCACUUAGUCAGGUCUUGUCUAGGUGAUAUCCGUAAGACUCUCAUGCUUCUUCAGUUUUGGUGCCAGGGCAAGACAGGCCACACAGACAGGAAAAUGCAAUUCACCACAUACAGUCCCCUCCCAUUUGAUAUUGAUGCUGCACAUCUUGUAAUGCCAAGACUAAUUCCAUGGGAGUUUCGAUGUGAGCUAUCAGAAAAGGUGGGAGAGGAGAUCCAUAAAACAAUUUCUUUGGUAGAAGAACAGUUCGUGUAUAUGAUGAAGCAAGAAGAGCUUAACUCAAAAGAAAUUACCAAUUUUUCCAAAACAAGAAAGAAGACCACAAAUACCAUCAAGACUAGGAAAAAACACAAGUUAAAAAAAAAUUCCAGCAUUGACUGUGCAGAAUUUUCAGCUCAGGCUAAUGAUCUAAAUGACUUCUCUGAUGCUUCAGAUUCCCCAGUAACAAAUGCUCGACGAAAAGUUAAGCACAGGCCAAGUAUUAUAUUGUCUUCUCAGUCUGAGGAUGAGCUAUUAUGUGCCAAUGACCCUCCACCUGCAGAAAUUACUUCAGUAGCUCCUAACAGCUGUCUUCUGGCAGACACGUUGACAGUGCCAAGUCUACAGGCACAACAAGUUUUAAGUGACUUGGAUCCAUGCACUGAUCCCAUAUAUCAUUCUAGAAGGGAUGUUAAUGUUCAAAAUUCAUUUGCAAGUCUUGAAAUGAUAUCUGCUUCACAUAUCUGUGACACAUUCAAAUUGCUGGAUGUGUCAUUCGUUCCACAAUCUUCUUUCAUAUCUGAGGCUGGAGCCCACAAGAAGGAUGAUCUUCUGUCAAUGGCAGUAUCUUCUAACAAUGCAUCUGUUUGUUUUACUGAUUUUGUUCAGUCUACUUGUGCCUUGCCAGUAGCAAAUGUUGAUAAUCUAGAUGGACCUAUGACUGAAUCAAUAACCUGUUCAGAAAGCAAUGCUGGAAAUACGCGCGAGGAUGUAGAGUCAGUUUAUGGAAAUGAGGAACAAGGAGAUUCUCAAAAUGUAGUUGAAGCACCUUCAGCCAGUGGAUAUCAAUUGAUGGAUGAAUGUAGCCGGAUUGAUUUCAACAUACGUUUGACACCUGGGAAAUGUAGCAAGUGCUCUCAGGAAGUUGUUUCUGUACAAGAAACAUGGAGAAAACUACGCAGUCAACGUGAAGAUCUAAAAUUAUAUUUAAGAAGUAACAAGAAAGAGGUUUCUUCAAUACUAAAGUGUGCUUCUGGACUGGCUGAUUUAAUUUCUGAAGCUGACAUUAUAUUCAGUAGCUGCUAUCCCAUUGUCAAUGACAUUUUAGAGCCAUCAUUAACACCCUCUGUUGAACCAGAUGCUUCUUCCUGGUAUGAUCAGCAACUUGAGAUGGGAUCUACAUAUGUGCAACAUGGCUUUUGCUAUUACACAAGCAGAUGCUUGUCCCUAGGCUCAGAAGUAGGCUUUCAAAACACAGUGGAUUUGGCAAAGGAAAUGCUAGCUUCCAGCACUAAUGUUAUGGCCCUGGGGAAGCUGAUCACCCAGGGGAACAUCGCUAGCCAAAAUUUAUAUGAUGGAAGUUUGCAUAUAAAGGCACCAAGAUAUGGCAUAUCCAUAGGAAGGGAAUUGGAAUCAAGACUUCACAACAUCAUUCUUUCUAUAGUUCCAGCAAGGUUGUCCAUGACAUUCGCAGGCAUUGCUUCCCAUGAAUACUUGUCCUUCAUGAGCCAGAUCUCCAAAUUAGAGUGCUCACGUCUCUUAAAAUGCACAAAUCAGAACUCACGGAGAAGGUCUCGGCAAUCAGUGCACUACUUAAGUUCUGGCUCACUAUCACUGUCACCUGAUGAUGUGGAAUUUUUGAAUCAAAGCAGCUGCUUUAAUGGGAAAAUGUUACCCGGGGCUAGGAAAGGGUGCAGCCGGUCAUUCAGUUUUUGUUCUGCACAAAAUUUAAAUGUAAAUUUUUAUUCUUAUCCAAAAUAUAUUUUGCUUUUGUAGAGCUAAGAUCCUGCAUUGUCGAGCUCCUCAGUGUUUCAAUUAAUGUAUUUAUUUAAUGCAGUCCA